ACAUAGGAGUACUUUGAUUAGUUUUGUUAGAAAACAUAACAAUGAAGAUUAUGUAAUAUUUGAAACUAUAGGGGAGAUUUAUACAAUUGUCUCAAAUACAAAAAGAAGGAACAGUGUUCAGAGCAAAACCCUAGAGAGACGAGGGUUUAGAAGCAGCAAAGCUGCAGACUUGAGAUUAGCUUGAGAUUUGAACAGAAGCAGAAAUGGAUAAACCCAUUAUACAUCUGGACAAAGGCACAACAUGUACUGCUUGGAAUUAUUCGGGUCAGAGAUUAGCAGCUGGUUCUACUGACGGCAAUUUGUCCAUCUUUGAUUCUACUGACCCUGCUUCUUCUGUUUUUAGUUGCUCUUCUAAAUUUAAGGUGCAUGAAUCCAGCAUUGUAAAAAUUAUUUGGGCUCCACCAGAAUAUGGAGAUGCAGUUGUUUGCAUUUGUGCUGAUGGAAGUUUGUUGUUGUGGGAGGAGGUGGUUGAAGAUUCAGAGUUGCUUCAAUGGAAGCUGUGCAAAUGCUUUGACAGAAUCUCAUCUCAAGUUCUGGAUGUUCAGUUUGGAGUCUCCAAGACAAGUCUGAAAUUGGUUGCCGCAUAUUCAGAUGGCCAGGUAAAAGUGUUUGAGCUCCUAGAUCCAUUUGAAUUGAAGAACUGGCAGCUACAGGCUGAAUUUCAGAAUGUCAUUGAAUCUGUAUCUAAAUUUGGAAACGUCUCAUGCCAAUCUGCUUCUAUUGCUUGGAAUCCUUUAAAAGGAGAAAUUCAGCAAUCAAGCUUUGUUUUGGGUUUUAAUUCCGACAUGCCACAAAUGAACUCCUCCAAGGUUUGGGAAUUCGAUCAGGAUCAUCAGAGAUGGCUUCCAGUUGCGGAAUUAGCUUUACCUGCAGAUAAAGGUGAUCCAGUCUCUACUGUUGCAUGGGCGCCGAAUAUUGGAAGGCCGUACGAGUUAAUAGCAAUUUCUACUUCCAAGGAAAUUGCCAUAUGGCAUGUUGGAUCAAAUCCUGACCCCGGUGGAAGGCUCUCGGUGGAGAAGGUUGCCACGCUCUCUACUCAUGACAGCGAGGUAUGGCAGAUGGAAUGGGACAUGAGCGGGAUGACACUUGCUACUACUGGGAGUGAUGAUGUAGUUCGCUUGUGGCAGUCCGACUUGAAUGGGGUUUGGCAUGAACAAGCGGUAUUAGAGCCCACUAGCUAGGCUGCUUAUGUGAUUUUCACAUUCAAACUUGAACAAGAGGCUCUAACCAGUUAAACACAAGAUUCUCUGGUGAUUAUCGACGUUACCAAUUUGCCAUCAGGCAUAUCAUUUUGUAAAGCUAAGUGAGUCCCUGCUUUGACUGUUUCUGUGGGUGGAUAGCAUAGUCUUCAACUCUUGCAUUGUAAGUGGUUUUCCAGAGAUUGUGGCAAGUGGGGAUAUGGAAAUUCCCAAUAUGACUAUGUUCAUCUAACAUCAUGAACUUGUUUGAGCCCAUUGUUUUAGUAUGGGAAAUUGGCAUACAGGAGUAUUUACUACUAUUCUUAUUAAUAUCCUAUGUCCUUGUUUGUCUGGUCG